AUGUCGUACCUCGCAAAUUGCGAAACUGAAGGGACGAUCAGCUACUCUACGUUCGUUGAGAAGCGAAAACCGAUAAGACAUCCAAACUCAGAAUUGCGUGCGCUAUCCAUGGCGGCAGCAUCGCCUGGCGGCGAUGCUGACGUGGACGAUUACAUGGGCGAUCUCUCGGCCUUCUUGCCGCCGGAAGAUGCGUCAAAGCUGCUCAAUCAGCAGCAGCAACGGCAGAAAAAGCCGGCCAAGCCUGCGCCACGUCAGCGGCCAGACGAUUGGAAGAAGCUGACGUGGCAGGAGCGGCGGAAGCAGGUUCGCGAGGAAAAGGACAAGGCCGAGGCGGCGGAUCUUGCGGAAGGGCUCGCGGCGCCCAUACCGCCUUCGAACAUCGGCUUUAAACUGCUGCAGAAGAUGGGCUUUAAGGGCCCUCCUGCGACGCAAGGGAUGGGCGGAAAGGCGGAAUUUCCGAGCGCGGGGAGGAUGGGCUCGGCGGAAAUUGGGGAAGGUGGCGAGCGGCCAGUAGAGCUUACAGGGGAAGCUACUACCGAGGACAAUGGAGGGGGGUCAGUGCCUGCAACCGCGCCCAACCGGAAAAAACCGCUCGUGUGGGUCGAGCCCGUCGCGUUGAGCUUAAAACGAGACAGGAAGGGGCUGGGGAAGGAGGAGGAGGAGGAGCAGGCGGAGAGGCAGAAGCAGCUUGGAGCAGAGGCAGCAGCGCGGGUGAGGCAGAGAGGCGAAGAGGCGUUGAGAGGGGGGUUUGAGGAGCGGCGGAAGGGCAGGUGGAGCGAGUGGAAAGUGAGAGGAGCGUUGAGAAAGGCGAGGACGGCCCUGUUGCACCUGGAAGGCGGGGAGGAGUGGCUUAAAGCCCAGGCUGUGCGGAUUGGCGCUGCUUCCUCCUCCUCCCAAGCUGCUUCUGGCUUUUUGAUGGGUGCUGGUGGUGGUGGUAGUGGUCGCGGUGGUGCUGGUGCUGGUGGUGCCAGGAGUGGUGGUGCCAGGAGUGGUGGUGCUAGGUGUGGUGGUGCUAGGUGUGGUGGUGCUAGGUGUGGUGGUGCUAGGUGUGGUGGUGCUGGUGGUACGGAGAGAGGGGCUGUAGGAGCCUAA